AUGAUUAGGAGCAGCUUGAGAGGAUUGACAAAAGAAACAAAACUAAAAAGGAUAUCUGAAAAUGGAAAUAACAACAAUGAAUCAUGCUCAAUUAUUUAUGAAGACAUUAAUAAAGAAGAGAACAAUCCUGGAAAUAAAACUCCAGUGGAUUUAGUUUCAUUUAGUAAUUUCAGGAGCCUAACUUGUUUGUUUACACCUGAGUCUUCACAUUCUUUGCAGUCACCUUUGCCUUAUUUCAAUUGGGCAAAUUCUCAGGAUGUUUGGGAUGUACUAGUGAAAAAAGAUAUAACUUAUACUAGAAAUCAUAACAUGUUGAGUCAGCAUCCAGCACUAAAUUCAAGAAUGCGAGCAAUCUUACUUGAUUGGCUAAUUGAGGUGUGUGAUUCAUAUCGGUUACAUAGAGAAACAUUAUACUUAUCUCAGGAUUUUGUUGACCGCUACCUCAGUGUACAGGAAGAUAUACCUAAAGAACAACUCCAACUAGUUGGGGUUACUGCCCUAUUUAUUGCUUCUAAAAUUGAGGAAAUUUAUCCUCCAAAAAUAAGUGAUUUUGCAGACAUUACAGAUGGAUCUUGUAGAGAAGAUGAAAUUUUAGAUAAAGAAAUGGUUAUUCUUAAAGCAUUAAACUGGGACCUUAUGCCAAUUACAGUGAACAAUUGGCUAAAUAUAUAUUUGCAAUUGGCUACAAUUAAAGAAGGAAACAAUGAUAAAGAAAAUUUUCUGCUACCUGAUUUUUCAAGUCAUCAAUUUUUGAAGCUCUCACAAUUGAUUGAUCUCUGUAUGCUGGAUAUUGAUUGUUUACAGUUUUCCUAUAGAACAUUAGCAGCAUCUGCAGUAUAUUUAAUGAUGUCAGAGAGAAUUGCAACUGCUGUUUCAGGUCUUAGGAAGUCUGAUAUAGCUGCAUGCAUAGAUUGGAUGUUACCAUUUGCUCUUACUGUUCAGGAAUGUGGAGAAAGUUAUAUUAAUUUACCAAAUGUAGAUCUGCAAGAACAUAAAUAUAAUAUUCAACAUCACAAUGUUAAUUUGGAAUUACUGGAUAAAGCAAAACUUCGACAAAGUGAAAUUCUAACACAGAAGAAGCCUGCAGAAAUAAGUGCAAAUGAACUCACCCCACCAAGUAGUGAUAAAAAAAAGGGACGAUCAAAUGCAUACUAGUAAAAUCAUUAUCCACUUGAAUUUUACUAGUUUUUAAAUGUGAUCUAAUGAUUUUCUAGUACAAUAAUAGUUGCUGAACAAAACUGUAUUAUUUGCAGUUGAAGAUAAAUAUGCAACUGAACAAACAAUGACUUCUAGUCAUUACACUGCCAUUAAGUACACAACGAAUAAAAUGAAUUUACCCACCCAUUUUAAAUCAUUAAUAAAUAAGCCAAGGUUGUGGGAAUUAAAAAAUAAUCUAAUUUGGGAAAUUUUUUACAAUUUUUUAAUCAUAAAAUUUUGUCCUUAUGGUUGUUUAUAUAUAAAAUUGUUGUAACUUGUAUACAGUUGAGCAUUGUACAUUUUAAAUUUUUUAUGAAAUUUGUACAGUUUUAAAACUGAUGCAUAAAAUAUCUAUAAAAUAAUAUCUUGUAUCAUCAUUUUACCAUUUCAUGUAUUAUAUAAAUCACUGCCAUGUGCAUUUAACAUGUCAAUGCUCAUAUAAGAAGUCAGUAUUGGGUGCAAUUUAUUUAACUUUUUGUUCAAUUUGGCUUAUUAAUAUUAAGGUCAUCUUGCACAUUUUUGAUUUGAUCGUCAUUAGAUGAUUAGGAGCAGCUUGAGAGGAUUGACAGUUAAUGCAGGACAAUGAAACUUAUGUAACUCCAUUUGUGGAGAAUUUGUUGAUAUUUGAAUCUAUAAAAGUCUUCAAAGCACAAUAAGCAAAUUGAAAUUUUUGAAAAACGUUGUUCUAACAUGUAUUUAUUUAUUUUUUGAAAUCAUUUAAUAUGUUGCAAAUUUAUCACUUAAUUAAAAUCAAAUUAUAUAGAAUGCACACAGACACAGAU